CUUUUAUUUUCCUUUUUAUUUCAGCCCGCCAGUGUUGAUCAAACACAGAAAUCAGCACAGGAUGUGUUGACAUCUCCUGUUGUUUCUCCAGCUUCCCUUGCUGAAAUGGAGCUCUCUUUGCAGAGCUCCCCUUCAAACAUAUCUAAACUGUUCCACAAUACCAGCAUGCCACUGAACGCCACUGGAAAUUACACCAAUGACCAAUUCAUUGAAGUUAACCUCUUUGAAAUCCUGGGUCCAAAACGAUCUCCCUUCUUCCUCCCGGUGAUCAGCGUUUACCUUCUCAUAUUCCUCACCGGCUUGUCUGGGAAUCUGCUCACAUGUGCAGUGAUAGCAAGGCACAAGAAGAUGCGAAACCCCACCAACCUCUACCUUUUGAGCCUGGCUCUGUCGGACCUCCUUGUGCUUUUGUUCGGGAUGCCCCUGGAAAUUUACGACCUGUGGCAGAACUACCCGUUUCCCUUUGGCGAAGGCGGGUGCUACUUCAAGACCUUCCUCUUUGAGACGGUCUGCUUCGCCUCAAUCCUCAAUGUCACAGCUCUGAGCGUGGAGAGGUACAUAGCUGUGCUGCACCCACUCAAAACACGGUAUCUGUCGACCAACCAGCACGCUAAGAGGGUCAUCACCGUUGUGUGGGUUGUGUCGAUGAUCUGUGCCAUCCCCAACACCUCACUGCACGGCAUCUUCUACCUGCCAGAGAAGAUGGAGGAGUCAGCCAUAUGCACUGUGCUGAAGCCCCUGUGGAUCUAUAACAUGGUCAUGCAGAUCACCACGGUGUGCUUCUACUUUGUGCCCAUGACGGUGAUUAGCGUGCUGUACCUGGUAAUGGGUCUUCAUUUGGGCAGAGAAAGACGGCAGUCGAGCGGGAAUCUGGGGAAGAACUGUGGCACCAACACCCGAAGGAAGAUCAACGCGAAUGGGCGCAGAAGACAGGUCAACAAGAUGCUCUCAAUCGUGGUUGCAGUGUUUGGAGUCUGCUGGGCGCCCUUCCACAUCGAGCGGCUCCUGUGGAGUUCCAUCAGCCAGUGGACCGAUUUGAUGCACAACAUUUAUCAGUACGUCCACAUCCUGUCGGGCGUCCUCUUCUACCUCAGCUCAGCAGUCAACCCUAUCAUCUACAGCCUGCUCUCCACACGGUUCAGGGAGUGUUUCAGGGAACUCAUGUGCUCCCAAGCGGAGGAAAAUAGCUCUGUCAGAGACUCGCCACCAUUCCCUAAGAUUUUACUGGAUCCCUCCGUCUCAAGCUCCAGAGCUCAGGCUAAUGGUAAGGACUCCAAUGCUUUCAUCCCUUUGUUGUCUCCUAACAUGACAUUGAGCAUGGACACUGCAAUCCUCUCAUGUGCAUGUAAAGAGACGACCUGUAAGACCUCUGUGUUCUGA